AUGGCAUCUUCUUCAACUUCAUCAAUUCACAAGAGCUUUAAGUAUGAUGUGUUUUUGAGUUUUAGAGGUGAAGACACUCGCACGAAGUUUGUGGAUCAUCUGUAUCAUGCGCUUCAGCAGAAAAGCAUUCGCACUUACAAGGACAACGAAAAAAUCAAAAAAGGAAAAAAGAUUAGUGAAGAGCUCAUCGAAUCCAUUGAAGACUCAAAAUUCUACAUCAUUGUUUUCUCCAAGAACUAUGCCUCUUCAUCCUGGUGCUUGGAUGAACUCAUGAAGAUAAUGGAAUGUCAUAGAACAACUGAGCAUACUGUGUACCCCGUCUUCUAUGAUGUGGAACCUUCUGAAGUCCGCAAACAAAGUGGGGCAGUUGAAGAAGCCUUUUCCAAACAUGAAAAUGAAGAAGCUGCUGGGAAAUGGAGAGAGGCUCUGAAAGAAGCAGCAGAUCUGGCUGGGUGGGAGUUGAAGAAUACUGCUAAUGGGCAUGAAGCUAAGUUCAUUCAAAAAAUCGUUGAAGAGCUUUCACUAGAGCUACAUUCCAUUAGUUUCAACAUUGAUAAAAAGUUGGUAGGAAUGGAAUCCAGGAUGAAGGAAGUUGUUUCAUCUUUAAGAAUUGGUUUUGAUGAUGUUUGCAUGAUGGGCAUUAAGGGGAUGGGAGGUGGUGGGAAGACUACUUUGGCUAGAGCUGUUUUCGAUCAAAUAUCCUUUCAGUUCGAAGGUAAAAGCUUUGUUGAAAAUGUCAGGGAAGUUUCAACUGCUUCUUUUUCCGGUUUGAAGACAUUGCAAAAUCAAAUCCUUUCAGAUGUCUUAAACGAUAAAGGCAUCAAUGUAAAUAGUGUUUAUGAUGGGAAGCACGUGAUAAAGAGGAUGAUGCCUAAUAGGAAGGUUCUUGUUGUUCUAGAUGAUGUGGACCAUAUAGACCAACUUGAGGCAUUAGCGGGCGAGCCCAAUUGGUUUAAGCCGGGAAGUAGAAUUAUUAUUACAACAAGAGAUGAGCAAGUGCUAUUAGCAUACCGAGUGAAUGUGAUUUGUGAUGUCAAUCUCUUAUCAUUUAAUGAAGCAAUUUGCCUCUUCAGUAGGUAUGCAUUUGGUAAAGAGAUCCCGGUUCAUGGUUACAAUGAGCUAUCUCGACAAGUUGUAUGCUAUGCUGCUGGUCUUCCCUUAACGAUUAGAGUUUUGGGUUCGUUUCUUUGUGGUAAAAAUGAGCUUGAAUGGAUAGAUGCCCUAGAAAGACUAAAAACGAUUCCGGAAACAGAAACUUUGAAAAAAUUGGAAAUAAGUUAUAUUGCUCUAGAGGAAGAUUACAAGGAAAUAUUUCUAGAUGUUGCAUGCAUCUUGAAAGGUUGGCGGAAAGACUUGGCAAUCAAAGUGCUUGAGAGCUGUGGAUUUCAUGCUAGAAAUGGUUUAAGAGUUCUUGAGCAAAAGUCUCUCAUAUUUUUCGAUGAUAAGCGUGUGCAAAUGCAUGACCAUAUUGUAGAAAUGGGCAAGAAUAUUGUUCGUCGUGGGCACCCGAAUAAGCCUCACAAACAUAGCCGUUUGUGGAUUGAAGAUGAAAUUCAAGAGAUAUUGGCUAAUGAUUUGGGUACUAAAGCAACAAGAUGUAUACUAAUCCACCAUACGAAGCUCGAUCCGUAUAUUCUUAUUAAAGGUCUUAGAAAGAUGAAGGAACUUAGAUUUCUUUAUUAUGUAGUUGGAAAUCAUUUCCGGGAUUUGGAAUUUAAUAAUAAAGCUAUCCUGGACCUUCCAAAUGCUUUGCGAUGUCUAUGUGUGAACUAUUAUCCUUUUAGGUCUUUACCCACAACAUUUCAAGCAAAUAAUCUUGUGGCACUUGAGAUGGUAAACAGCAGAAUUGUACAACUUCGGGAAGGGGGAGGAAACAAGGUUCUUAACAAGUUGAGAUUCCUUGACCUCAGUUAUUCGCAACGGCUGAAUACCUUUGACAUUGGGCUUACUCCAAAUCUCGAGACCUUGAAUCUUCGACACUGUUAUGAUUUGGUAGAAAUUCACUUGUCCGGUGGAUGUUUAAAUCUCAUAUCCAUCGACCUUAGUAAUUCAUCAAGGUUGAGGACUCUUGACCUUGGGCUCGCUCCGAAUCUCGAGACAUUAAUUCUUUCUGAAUGCCGUGAUUUAGUAGAACUUCGCAUGCCCAGUCGAUGUCUAUAUCUCAGAUCCCUACAACUCACUAAUUCAAAGUUGAGGACCCUUGACAUUGGGUCGACUCCAAAUCUCGAGAAUUUAAAACUUGGAUAUUGUUAUUUUUUGGAAGAACUUCACAUGGCCGACGAAUGCCAAAAACUGGAAAACCUCGACAUUAGUUAUUCAAAUUUAAGGAGCCUUAACCUUGGGCUUAGUCCAAAUCUCAGGAAUUUAGAUCUUAACGGAUGCUAUAAUUUGGUAGAACUUCAUACUCCCAUUGGAUGUCUAAAAAACCUUGCCCACUUGCACCUAAGUGGUUGUUUGGGGUUUAGAUCCUUUCAGUUUAAUUUAAAGCAUUAUACUUCUAGUAGAGUGGAUGAGUCACUUGAAGUUGGUCCUUUAGCCGAGUUAGACUUGAUUGUGGAGUCCGUAGAAAGAUGCCCACUUCACCCUGACAAUAGCUUGCCAAAGUUUCUCUUUGGUUUAGUUUAUAAGGAAGAUCGACUCUCAUUGACUAGAAAUCUUGAGAUUCUUAUUUCUGUAGGUAUGUGUGCUUGCACAAACCUUGAAACGUUUUCAGGAAGGAUUUGUGGGUUACGGCGUUUAAAAAAUCUUAAACUUGAAGGUAGUAUUCUAGAGGUGCCCAAGGACAUGGGUCAGUUAGAAUGUCUUGAGGAGCUAACUUUAUGGCGUACAGAUAUUAAGCAUCUUCCAAAUAGCAUUUGUAUGUUGAAACAUCUGAAAUCUCUCAAACUUAUAUCCUGUUUGCUUCUUGAGAAGCUACCCAAGGAUCUCGGCCGGUUAGAAUGUUUAGAGGACCUAACUUUGUUUUCUUUAGGGAUUACACAUCUUUCUGAAAGCAUUUGUAUGCUGAAAGCUCUGAAGUCUCUCAAAAUUACGCAUUGUAGGCUUCUUGAGAAGUUACCCGAGGAUCUUGGCCGAUUAGAAUGUUUAGAGAAGAUAGAUUUGUCAUAUACAACGAUUAAACAUCUUCCGGAUAGCAUUUGUAUGUUGAAACAUUUGAAAUUUCUCGAACUUAUGUAUUGUUGGUUGCUUGAGAAGUUACCUGAUGAUCUUGGCCGAUUAGAAUGCUUAGAGAAGCUAAGCCUCAGAGGGUGUAAACUUUUACAAGAUAUCCCGAAUAGCAUCUAUGGCUUCUUCAGUCAUGUGGGUUUACAUCCGAGAUACAAGGCAGAGUAUACGAAACAGAUGUCUACGCAAUGGUGGGAUGAUUUUGAGAAGCUGGGAAGACCUGGAAAAGCCAAUUCACAAAAAACUAUUGGUUAUGGUAGAGCAUAUUUCUCAAAAACCUCUGCUCAUACUUGCACAGGGGAUGGGAAUGCUAUGUGUGGAGGCCUUCCUCUUGAGACUUAUAACCUAGUUCAUCUCAAUGCAGGAUCUCGUGGUGAAGGGGGUAUUUUAAGGAAUAGUGAAGGUGAAAGAUUUAUGGAACGUUAUGCUCCAACUGCAAAGGAUCUUGCAUCAAGGGAUGUUGUUUCAAUAUCCAUGACAAUGGAAAUCAGAGAAGGUCGUGGUGUAGGUAUGUUUUAUGUUUCUUCACCAAUUAAAUCUCAGUUCAUGGUGCUAAUCGUCUUGGAGCAAAUUCUCUUCUUGGCAUUGUUGUUUUUGGUGGCAUUGUUGUUUUCCGUAGAGCUUUUGCUAAUAGAGUUUCAGAAAUCCAUAAGCCAGGUGAAGUUGUUUUCCAAGUUUUGCAUAUAUAGGGAGAACGAGAAGGUGCGACUAGACUACAGGUCAGUUCACAUGAACACUCUUGAUGAAGAGGUGGAGACUUUCCCACACAAGGCUGAGCGUAUAUUAAUAACAUCCUCUCACAAGGAUCAAACCUACUCAUGA